UGUCGCAAAAGGUAUGAACGGUUCGAAGUGGAGUGUGGCUCUUUCUGUGUUGAGUUGGCCUAUCGUUCUCCUCCUUUCCGUGAAAUAGUUUGUCUUGUGUGCUGAGAACGUUUUCAUAAUAGUUCAUUUGGUGCCCGUAUUCUCCGUUCCGUUUGGAGAUAACGCACCGUUCUUUACACAGAAUCUAGAUUAGUAAUUCCUGUUCCAGAGACAAAACAAGGUGCCAUUCGUCUCCAUUCACCAGGUAAAGCAAAAUGGUCUCCUCAAACAGAUCACAGUCCCCCGGAAGGACCCCUCCUUUUAUACUAGUGGGACUCUUGGUUCUUGUUUGCUUCCUGGCCUAUAACUACUGGAGCCUUUCAAGUCAAAACUCUGAUCUGGUAGUUGAAUUAACCUCAAUGCAAAAUCGGGCAAGAGACGUUUCGGAUGAAAAUACACAGGUGAAAAGCAGCCUUGAUGCAAUCCGUCAAGAGCUAAGUAUUGCCAAGAAAAAUCUUGAGUCUGUGAAAGCUGAAGUAACGGAGAAGACAAUACAACUUGAUAAUGAAAAGCAGGAGUGUGCCAAUAAGCAAUCUGAACUUGUAAACUGCCAGGAAUCAUUGGCAACAUGUGCACAGAGUCUUAAAGUUGAGCAAGAUGAAAAAGUAAAGAUUCAAGGUGAAAAGGAUGCAAUGCAGUUGGCUCUUGAUGCAGCUAAAAAUGCACCAAAAGUCUGUGACAUGGCAAGCUGCGAAGGCCCAGUGAAAGAAGUGGUGGUUGUGGCUGCCAAACUCACGGGCUCUCAAAUGAUUGGUGAUGCCUUGGCACAAGCUGGCCUUGACGCUGCCAAGCUUUUAGAAGGCGUCAUCAUCCCUCCUCCAGUUCCCGUCAAAGCUGAACAGCCGGCCCAGUCUGUCCAGAAUGCCCCAGCCCCAGCCCCUGUGGAGAAUGGACCAGCAGUUCAGGUAAAGUCUGCGGAUAAUGUUACCCAACAAACAACUGGUGCACAAAAUGUUACCAAUGGGACUUCUGACCUUGUUUUUGCCCCUGGCACUGAGAGAAAAGAUGCCGUGGAAGAAGAAGAGGGAAAUGAAGAAGAGCUGAACGAGGAAGAAGCUGAUGUUGAAAAGGCAGAAAUAGAGUCAAAUGGAGAAGAGGAAAAAGGAGAAGAGUCAAACGAUAACCUAAAGGAUUCAGAGGCCCCAGCCCAGCAAGAUCAGCCAGCAGAACAAAACCUCGCGGUUGAGGAGGGACAGUAAUGAAAGGAAGUAACUCGGAAGCUGUUUGAUGUUGUUCCCAGUGGAUUACAGUGUC